AUGAAUGUGCAUUCGAAAGAUGACAGGUGCGAUGUUUCCAUGGCGCCUAACGAAGAGCCAAUGAUGCGGCCAGGGGAUCACUUUCCAGUCAACUUGCGUCCUGUGCUAGAAGAUGUCCCAUGGGAUAAUGAGGAUGAGAUGCCCAGUGUUUCUACGACAUGCUAUAUCGACCGUGACUCCAUUCGUUUACCACUUCACCUACCAUAUACCAGCGCCGACGUAUCGAACUGGAACGCCCUCCAAAAGCAAUCAGUACACAGACUUUAUGCCCAACAUGCAGAUCGGGGUCAAAGGCCAGAGCUGGUAAGGCCACCAGCUGAGUCGCUAGACACGUCAAAGCCACGACGAGCUCCACACGAUAUGAUCGGCUGGAGUUUCUUAUCUCCUCAUGAUGAAAAGAAAAUGGCACUGGAUGGACAGCAUACUCUUACACAGUACAAAAGCUCCUUAGCUGCGUGGAAUCAACCAUGGGCCUUUAAAGACGCAUUGGGAGCCGAUUCAAACGCACAUGUGGCUGGGAAUACACUGGUUGGCUCACGUAUUCAUAAAGGCGCAUUUCGAGUGCCUUGGCAUCGAAAGCUGGCUGUGUUUUUGCUUCGAAACCCUUUCGUACCGCUCCUGUUGCGUCUAAUAAACAUUGCCGUGCUGACAUCCACCCUCGCUGUGGGUGUUCGACUCCGGCGCCAAUUGAUUCAGCAUGAUAUUGAAUCCUCGGUGGGGAUAAGUCCUUUGACAGCCAUUAUAUUUGCACCCCUUUCACUUGCGUAUGCAUUGUUUCAAAUAUGGCUUGAAUACAAAAGCCGUCCGAUCGGCUUGUGGAAAGCGAGUUCCAAGCUUUGGUACAUGACGUUGGAGCUUGUGUUCGUUUGUUUAUGGUCCGCCGAGCUGGCUUUAUCUUUUGACAAUUAUUUCACAUCGACGAUUGGAUGUAUCAAAUCUUCGUCUCCAUUUUACUCGCAUGCGUACCAGGAUACGAAUGCGAACAUUUCUGACAAGAGCCCCUUUUGUAAUUUACAGACCUCGCUCAUUUGCCUAAACUUCAUUUCAGUGAUGGUGUAUUUGGUGGUGUUUCUAGUGUCAUUAUUUCGCAUAUUCUACCGUGUCAUGCUGCCGUUGUAG